AAAGACUAACACUCACAUAACACAGAGGUAUUAAUUCAGUCAGUUCAGUGAAAAUGAUCCAAAUGACAUCAGACUGUGCAUACGAAUAGAAAAAUUAUCAAAAAAGUCAUGUUCUAGAAGAAAAAAAUACUCGAAUAACUCAGCGAGUUCAGAAGCACAUGGCAAAAAAUUGUCAAGUUUUCACAGCGGCUUCAGAUUAUUUGUAUUCAAAUCGCCCAAAAUUCAACAAGAAUUACUCGAACGGAUUACGCAUAAAAACGUGAAGAGUAUGGGCCCAAAAGGUAGCACGAUGCUCCUGGUGGCAGUGAUUGUCCUCUCGAACAUGUCGAGCAUCAUAAUCGCUGAUUCGACAUUUGCAACCUCGCAAAGUUCUGUCUUAUAUUUUGGCAAGCAAAUCUGGAACAUCCUCAGCAGUACUGCUAACAGGACAGCUCCAUUGUGGCGCAAAUGCACUAUUCCAGAAAAACUUAGUAGCAUGUUAUUUCGUCGAAGCAUGAGCGUCCUAUUUUUAGAAACAGACGUAAUGGAUGCCGUUGAAUUACACGCGAUAGCACGUUUGCGUGGUCUGCUAUUAUCCGAUUUUACGGAUAAAAUUAAUGCUAUCCCCGUGAUGAUCACAAACUUCAUGGUUCUGGUACAAAACGUUAAUGAUGCCUUCACCUCGUUAAAAUCUGUUCUUAGCCAGAAGCAAUUCUCAGUUGCUAAUAUUUGCUCCUGGACGGGGACGGUUAUUGCACAACAAAAGGUCACGGAAAGCAUUCUCCAAAUCCAUGAUUUCCUGCAUCCUAGUUUUCAAGGCGAUAGAUUCCUAAAUGAGUUCCUCCAGCACUUGAAGAAUUCGCCUAAUGAUGGUAGCCAGUGUCGAGGAUUUUCGCCUCACGACUAUCUCUAUGCACUCUACGAUAUGAUAAUGGUGACCAAGAUGAAGGGAUAUGUCGUGGAGACAAUCUUAUUUCGUCUCCUGAAUCCAUUGGACGGCCAGCUAGCCUGUAAAUAUGCGCGGAAAAAUCUGGUGAGCCAAGUCACUGUCUUGUAUGACCGACUGAGACAACACACCAAAAACUAUAACACUCUGUUCGUCAGAAAAUUGAGUAAAACAUCGAGAAAUUUUCAAGCUUGUCCUGGCGAAGCCUUUGUACGCGACGUCACGCACAUCGAGCUGGAAGGGGCAAUACAGGGUUUCCUGCAGAAUAGAUUCUUCCAAGCUAAAGGAGAAAAGUAUCCUCACUUGGAGUGUAGCGAAAUGAGCCAAACGAAGACGACGCCAAGCUAUUGUUUGUCAAAAUCCAAUACCUGCUCAACACCAAUUAAACGACCUUGUCUUGGCAAACUGAUUGAUUGUGAGGAGAUACCGAAUAUAGUGACAGCAUGUAUAGCAGAACACGGUCCAGAGCGUUAUAAAUGGGUAGAGGAGGGAUUCACUUAUCCGGUCGAUAUUUGCCCUAGCGAGCUGAAACAUAAAUUAGACCAUCCGUGCUUGUGCAAGUGCGUGGACAACGAUAUUGAGUCUCCUUCAACGCAUAUUUUCAACUUGCAACCGGUUGAGGCUGAUGUCGCUGAUAACAUGGUAGUAACUGGAGUUAAAUUUAUAGUCAAAAACCAAGUGAUACAGUUCCAGAUUGAACAAGGAAGAUUGGGAAGCAAUUGGAUAAUUGAGGGACGACCUAAAUGGAAACCAAUCAAUGAUAUCAGCGAGAAGAUACGGGCGCAUCGACUGAAGAAUUUACGACGCAAAUCAUCUCAUGUUAACAAUACUGAUUACCUAAUCGUGAAUGAAAAUUUACAAAUUUAUUUCGACGAAGUGGCGGUGCCCCAAGGCCACGUUCUUACCGGAGUGAAAUUCAACUAUAUUGAGGAAGAAAGUGCAAUACAGAUAGCUAUAUUAUCGAAGCCAUUCGAUGUUGCAUCUGGAAAUCUCAGUAAUGUGGAAAAAGAGUAUAUCAAAGCAGCUCCUUAUAAGCAAAAGCAGAAGUGGAUGCUUCCUACGGAUGACGAGGAAGCAUAUGGAGACGAUCUUGACGACAUUAUUCCAAACAUAGAUGAAUGGUUCCUCAUCGGGCCUUCAAGGGACGACCCCUGGGGACAGACUACAUUGCCAUAUUUCCAGGGCACACCUCUGGUUUCCAGUCCACCGAGCGCAUUGGGAGGUUUUGGAAUAUUCAAUCGCCAUCAAGACACCACCAUUGGAACCGUCGCAUUGAAAUUCCUCUCAAUAGACUAUGGUUUCUUCAUGAAUAAAGACGCUAAGAGUCUGUCUCGUCCUGGAUCUAGGAAAAGGAAGGCUACUUAGUAUUUAAAAUACCCAUUCGAUUUUCGUAGCUCCGUAAUAAAAUAAUUAUUUUUAUUUAGCGGAGAUUGUCAUACCUUUAAAGUGAUAGGCACAUCUCUUUCAUUGAAGGGACUGAAGAUUAUUAUCGAAAUAGAUUCUCAAACAACUGAA